AUGAAAUGGCUGAAAGAUUUGACUCUACCCCUCUUGUUACUUUACUGCUGUGAUCUACCCACCCCAGGACGGCGGAGUUCAUGGAUAUCUGGAAUCCAGGCAGACGACAGCCCAAACGAAGUGACCUACAAUGUCAAGGUGGACCUGUCUGCAAGCGUUCAUGAAAUCGGAGGCAGAUUUCUCAGCAUGUCCUUUCCGGCCAAAUAUAUCCCAGUUCAGUGGACAGAAAAGUUGCAGAAUUUAGCCUCAGCGCUGUCACCUGCGGACAUUCGGGUUCUGGGAAAGUUCCAACAGUUUUGUCCGGACCAGAAUGUGGAGCCAUCAAAGAUCCAGGGACGAUCUCCUAGCGCAGGUGUUCCACAAGAUCCUUGCAAAAAUAAAGAGGCUGGAUCGGAUUUUGUCCUCAGAGGUAACCAGUGGCAGAUUUUCAAUGCAAAUGUGGCUAAAGUCGGCUGGAGUCUUCUGCUGGGAUUGGAAAACACCAAACGGAGAGCCGACGGAUCCUGGGACAGCUCGCUCGCCGAGUUGCUGUUGAACUACUCGUCCAGCAAGGAUAUACCCAUUGGUUACUUCCACCUAGGAAAUGAACCCAACCUGUAUCCGGUACAAAUAAAGCUUACAAUCGUCCCCAAGACACUGGUCGAGGACUACAAAAUGCUUAAAGGGCUUUUAAUCAAGUACCAACUCUAUGCGGCCAGCAAACUGUACGGGCCUGACGUCACUACCCUAGACAAACACUCCACAGCUAGAAAUUACUUAACACAGUUUUUGGCAGCAGGAGGGGAGAAUGUCGUCGACGCCAUCAGUCUUCACCACUACUACUGCAAAAAUAAUGCUUCGAUGUGGGAGUUUCUGAAUCCGUCGAGUCUGGAAUCGCUAAGAAGUUCUCUUGAAAUCGGCAAAACUCUGGUGCAAGUCACUACAAAUCCUUUACCACUGAUAUUGUCAGAAACAUCAUCCUGUGCUGGCGGAGGGGCGCCGAAUCUGUCAGGUCGUUACCUAGCUGGGUUCUUAUGGUUGGAUAAACUGGGUCUGUCCGCCCUCUACGGCGUCAAACAAGUGUUCCGACAAAGCUUCUUUUCUGGAGCCGCUUACUCGCUCGUGCUGAUCAGUGACGCAACACCACAACCAGAUUACUACCUAAGCGUGCUGUUUAAAAGACUUGUGGAAGGUCCCGUGUUUACAGUGAACCUCAACCCACCAAAUCAGAAACUACGAGUGUAUGCUAAUUGUGCAAAACAGGGAAAAUACACCCCAGGUGACCUGGUGAUCUAUUACCUCAACCUAGAAGAGACCCCAGCUGUCCUGUCACUGGACCAGUUUCAAGAUGCUGACCUGGAUUUAUACAUGCUGACCCCGGGAGACUCCGAAGGCAUCAAGUCCAG